AUGCCGAAGCGGCGGGGUCGAGCGGAGGAGGACGAGGAGGACGAGGAGUACGUGCCGCCAGCGGCAGGUCGGAAGAAGAAACGGGGUGGCGUGGGUUCCUUUUUGGAGUUCGAAGCAGCAGAGGACGACGCGGAGGCGGAGGAGGAAUUGGACGAGGAAGAUGACGGUGGGUUUUUGGACGACAGCGGCGAGGCUGCGGAGGCUGCGGAGAUGGACUUGUCGCACCGGCGGCGGUUGGAGGAGGAGAUGGGGGGUGAGUCAGCGGGGCGUGGUCGUGCGGGUAACCUGUACUACAACACAGUGGGUGCCUUGGAGCGUCGGUACGCUGAUGGUGACGCGGAGGGUGGUCGUGAUGCGGAGUAUGGAGACGGCUAUUUGUCGGACGAUUAUCUAGACGACUCUGGAGCUGAGUUACAGAAGAUGCUGCCGGGUGCUUGGAAGUUGUGGAAGGUUCGCACAGUACGUCCAGGUGUGGAACGGGAAGCGUGUGUAGCAGUACUCCGAAAGUUCGCUAGUGAGCGAAGUCGGGGCGCCUUCAUGAUCGCUUCGGCAUUCGCUUCCGACUCGGUGAAGGGCAGCAUUUAUGUAGAAGCGCCUAGUCAGAAUGCUAUCCAGAAACACUUGGGUGACAUCCGGCAGCUGCUUACCAGCGGGCCGAAUGUGAAGCGGGUGCCCGUUAAGGAAAUGGCGGACGUGUUCCAAAUGGAUGCGCGUCGUGAAGAGCUCCCGCGACUCGGUGAAUGGGUCCGGUUUCAACGAGGACCUUACGCUGGCGACUUGGCUCUCGUUUCGGCACUGGAUGAGAACGCCGGUUCCGUGGUCGUGCGUGUAAUCCCGCGCAUCGACUUAAGCAAAGAACUUGCUCGCGAAGCGGCUGCCGCCGAGGGAGCCCCGGCACCGGCAGUGAGGGAACGAGCACCUCCAAGACGCAUCACACUGGCUGAUCUAGAGUCGUACCAAUUUGAAACAGAGAGGCCAAACUAUUUUACGGAAUGUGUUAAAUUUCGUAAUUACCUAUUGGAAGAGCGUACGGGCUUUUUGCUGCGCACCGUCAAGCCCCAGGGAUUGCUACGCGGUGCGGCAGUGAAACCAACGGCUGAUGAAUUGGCUAAGUUCCAGGAACCCGGUGUCGACUUGUCCACCUUGGUCGGUGUCCCUGUUUCGAGCGCUGUGUCGGCGGGUACGGAGGAGGCCUUUGUGGUCGGGCAGCCUGUGAGCGUCGUGUCUGGCGAACUUGCCGGCUUAUCCGGUACCGUGGUCGGUCGGGAUGUGGGUGGCGAACUGAAGAUCAGUACCGGCGGCAGCGAGGUCGUCAGUGUUCAAGUGGAACAUUGUCGUAAAGAUUUUGCACUCGGUGAUAGCGUACGAGUCGUCGGUGGUCCUUACGCGGGUGAGACGGGCCUGGUGACCAAGUUGGACGGACAUAGUGUGCAUGUACUAAGUACAGAAAGCCACCGACAAAUCGCCGUGGACAUUGCGCAAUUGACUGUCGCCGCACAAGAGGUUCGUUCCGCGGUCGGUCUCACCCGUCUAGACGGUUAUGCAGUGGGUGAUUUCGUGCUCAUCGCGGGUUCCGCACAAGCCGGCGUGAUCACCAAAAUCUCCAAGGCGCGGCGACUGGACGUGUUAACCAAAGACGGUGUGGAGCAGUUAGAACUCAGCCAGCUCUCAGGCAAACACCACGUACGUGCAGCCAAAGAACAGGACGCCAACAACAACGAAUUCGGCGUUGGAAGCGCCGUCGAAAUACUCGAAGGACCUCAAAGUGGCUCCGUCGGUAACGUCAAAUACAUAUGGAAAGACACCGCCUUCGUACAAGUACCCACCGGACUAGUAGCCGUGUCCUGCGCCUCCGUACGCAGGGAGCAACAUGCCGAACAACCCACCGCUACUACCGGUAAUCAUUCCGCACAAUCCUCCAGACCCCGCGGUCAGAUCGGCUUUCGCACACAAUUCGCAAUUAUGGGCACUCAAGUCAAACUCAUUUCCGGCCCACAUAAAGGCCUACAGGGAGAACUGCGAGGCAUUCAGGGUCAUGAAGCCGUCGUACUUGUCUCCGCAGUAGGCGCGGAAGUCCGAGUGCCCAGGCACGCGGUCCAACUCAUCAAUGAAGCCGGAGAAGCCGCCAAGUUCUUCCGACGCCGAGGAGGGUUCAAUUCCAGAGGCUGA